GUGAAAGUCAGUUGGAGACCGAUCCCUAGCAAGCUGGUGCAAGCCACAAAGCGAAGCUACCAGAUUUCAGGCGAGUUUACUGCGACAGGCUGGUUGUUGGCAAGCUUACUUCUUUCUCUUUCUGCACAAUCCAGUCACCUUCCUAAAUGGUGUGAUAACGUCGGGUGAGGUUCAAGGUGGCUGGAUUUUGGCCGACUCGCCGACAUCAGCCACCACCAAGCACAGCUCAAAAAAAGCUCGACCGACCAAAUCGCGUCAACACCAACAUUGCAUUCCUUGGUCAUUCCACCACUCCACCACUGAAUAAACUCAACCAUCGCACAUAAUUGUCCAUUAGCUAUUCAGAAUGGCUCCAAGGAAAAGCGCUGCUUCAGCGAACGACACCAAGCCCACCAAAAACAAUGCGACCACCAAAUCUAAAGCUGAGCCCAAGGCUGCUGAUAAACCAUCCACCAAGAUUGCGAAAGAUGAAUCGGCACAGGCAAAAAAAGGCGCAAAUGUUAUGAAACCCGCGCGCGGAAGGAAACCCAACGAGGUCGAGGAAGCACCAGUCAAAGGUACGUGGCCUUCAAUUCCACUCUUGUGAUGGUGUCCAGUUCUGCGCGACGCGAUGCUAAUCCAUGAAUCCUGCAGCUCCAGUCGCAAACACCACCAAGCCAGGACGUGGUAGAAAACCCAAAUCGGUCGAGAGUGUCCCAGAAACAGGUACGCACUCCCUACAUUUGCAUUUUUGUUGUUCCCGAGUUUCGAGGGACGCGACGCUAACCUUGGAGUCCUUGCAGCUCCUGCGACUGCUCCUGCAAAACCCGGAUGUGGUAGAAAGGCGAAGUCAGCCGACGAGGAUGUAGCAGAAGGUACGUACCAUCUAGCACCAAUCUUUUGGGAUUCCCAACUUUCGACAGACGCGAUGCUAAUCCUCGAAUCCUGCAGUUCCCGCUGCUCCCACGACCACCGUGGCAGGUACGAAGCGCGCCGCUAGCAAAACAUCACCCGCCGCCGAAGCCCCAUCGAAGCGCCAGAAGAAGGCCGUUGUCAGUGUGAAUGAUGCGCCUACAGGAAAGCUUGAUAUCUAUGUCUUUGGUGCCGGUGAACAAGGCGAAUUAGGCCUCGGCUCAGGUGCCAGAGUGAAGGAUGUCCAGAGACCUAGAUUGAACAAGAACCUGGAUUCAAAGAGCAUUGGUGUGGCACAAAUUGCUGUCGGAGGAAUGCAUUGUGUUGCUCUCACACAUGAUGGAAAGAUUUUAACUUGGGGCGUAAACGACAACUACGCGUUAGGUCGCGAUACCGCCUGGGAGGCUCCUACUCGCGAUGCCGACGCGUCUGACUCGGAGGAUGAUGAUGAAGAAAGUGGACUGAACCCACGAGAGACCACUCCAACGGCCAUUCCAUCCGAGUGCUUCCCCGAUGAUGUUGCUGGUUUCUCUCAGGUCGUUGCUACUAACAGUGCGAGCUUCGCCUUGACUUUGGACGGACGAGUGUUUGGUUGGGGAGCCUUUUCGGUAAGUACUCACUACAUCACACACCCUACUCGGUUAACAUGAUUAGGGAAAUGACGGCACUUGGGGAUUCUUCAAGGAGGAUGCAGCUAAAGGUAUCAAAUUCCAAAAGGUCCCAGCUCUGAUUCCCCAACUAUCCAACAUAAAGGCGCUCGCCUCUGGCGGCGACCAUGUUUUGGCUUUGGAUCAUAAGGGUUAUGUCUUUGCUUGGGGGUGUGGAGAGCAAUCUCAACUAGCACAUCGAGUCGCAGAGCGCCGCCGAUUCGAUUACCUCGUCCCAAAUCCUGUCGCCCUACCAAAGGGUAAGAUCCAAGCCAUCUCUGCGGGAGGUUACCACGGCUUUGCCGUUGAUGAUAAAGGACAAGUUUGGUCGUGGGGCCUGAAUAACUUUGGUCAAACCGGGAUUUCCAAUGGCGCGGGGGAUGAUAACGCAGUCAUUCAACGACCAUUUAUUGUCAAGGCUCUCUCAGAUUACAAAAUCAAGUCAAUUGUUGGAGGACUGCAGCACUCGAUUGCUUGUACCAAGGAUGGAGCUGUCCUUGUAUGGGGACGAUGUGACGAUGGUCAGAUGGGUGUUGACUUGACAGACGUACCAAAGGAGAAUUUGUUGUUGGAUAGUCGAGAAAAGCCAAAGAUUAACAAGGAGCCUGUUCAAGUCCCAGGUAAGAGUUAUAGUAAAUACUCAUGAUACAUUCAGCUAACUUCAUCUUACAGAUCUAAAGGCUGACUUUGUCGCCGCCGGUAUUGACGAUUGUAUUGCCAUCACCACAGACGGAAAGGCGUUCUCUUGGGGUUUCUCCGAUGGUUACCGUACUGGUCAUGGUACCGAUGAGCCAAUUCAUAAAGCAACCAUGAUCGACAACACCGCCAUUAGAGAGAAGAAGCUGACCUGGGCUGGUUGUGGUGGACAGUUUAGUGUUCUUGCUGGCCCAACUGUUCAGCUUUGAUUGUGCAAAGGUCGCGGGGAGACAGGAAGACUAUUUGCAGUGGAUCAUUCUGAUCUUUGAAUACCUCUUCACUUUGAUGAGAUACGUGGAUAAUUAAUGGAUAGAUUGCGAUUGUAACAACAGGAACACAGAUUCAGGGGCAUAUUUUACCUUUUCUGUUUGGCGCACAUAGGCGUUUAUCGGAGGGAGCAUCACUUCUGUUUAUUGUAGAUAAUCUUAUUUCGAACUGGGGGAAAAGCAAGCAAUUUGAUACUUGAGGACUUUCUCGAGACUUGAAGUA